GGGGCGCGCGCUGCUUCCGGCGGGGCGGGGAUGGCGGGCGCGGCGCGGCCUGGGCCCACGUGCCUGGUGCUGGGAGCGACGGGCGUCGGCAAGAGCCUGCUGGGGAAGCGGCUGCGCAAGCUGUGUGCCCGGGACGGGGCCAAGGAGUUGGGCGAGCCCCCGGCCACGCUGCCCACGGUGGGCACGAACCUGACGGACCUGGCGCUGCACAGGAGGGUGACGCUGCGGGAGCUGGGCGGCUGCAUGGGCCCCAUCUGGCCCAGCUACUACGGGGAGUGCAGCGCCGUGCUGCGCCUCUUCCGUCCCUCUCCGCAGUUCGUGAUCGAUGCCGCCAACCCGACCCAGGUCUCGUCGUCCUGCGUCCAGCUACUGUCCCUUCUCUCCGCAGAGCAGCUUGCCGCCGUGCCCGUGCUGAUCCUCUUCAACAAGAUUGACCUGCCCUGCUACAUGUCACUGGUGGAGAUGAAGUCGCUGUUCCGCAUGCAGGACAUCGUCUCCUGCGCCACGCAGCCCAUCACCAUUCUGGAGACCAGUGCACGCGAUGGCACCGGCCUGGCUGAUGUCCUGCAGUGGCUUCAGACCACCCUCAGGGACCCUAGCUGACCUGGCCCCAGCACCUGUGCGGUGUGAUGGGCUGAUGGUGGGCAGCAGCUCCUUGGGACUUCACAGUAAAACUGAAACUUACACCCAAGUCAUCCUUGGCCGCGUCUGCAGCAGAGCUCUGUCUCCAAGCAAUCCUGCAGCACUUCUCAAGGUGCCUCAGAGCAUGCUGCCCCUUCCCCCUGCAGGCUGUGACCCCCCCAGCGGAGGGAGUGCCACCUGCAUGGGCCCUGCUGGCUGCCUGCUUCCUGAGAAAGAUGGAGUUCUGAAAAUGGAUGGCCCUGAAGGUGGGACUGUCAGCUCUGGAGCCACACAAAGGUGAAAGGAGAGGGCUGCACAAUGUGCAGGUGCUGUUGCAAAUCAUCAGGUACAUAACUGAAAAUCAGACAUGUUUAUUUACACAGGUGAAAAGCAGAGCCCUGUGUGCUGGAGUCUAGCAAGGGGCAAAUGGGUAUCCCAAAGCUGUGCUGCUUGCAGGACCUAGAGCCAGCCUGCACCCUCACCUCAGCUGAGCAGAACCUGCUGGCAUGAGCAUGUAGCUUGGUUUGGAGCCAGCAUAAAGGUGGAGUGAGAAGGCCCUCCUCCUUCCCAUGCUGAUACCUUCUGGAGCAGGAGUGGUUGUAGUGCUUGGGGCUCCCAUCUGCUCUGGCCUCACAUGCCCUGCACCACCUGUAACUCAGUGGGGUGACCCAUGGGAAUAUGCAGGAAGGCAGGGGCUUGGGGAUGACGUGCUGAGCCAUAGCACUGCAGUUGUCUCUCCAGCACUCACUGUGGCUCGAAGAACUGCAGAGGAAGAGGAAAAUUCUUCUUCUGAAGCAGCUUGAUAAGCUGAUCUCUAAAACUUGCUUCUAUUUUGCUUGCAAACUCUUGCUCAAUGCUUUGGUAGGUGUCCAGGUCUGUUGUGGUGACCUUCUCCUGCAGCCCUGGCACGCCCUGCAGCAGUUUGCUCAGGCUCUCAUUCUCGGCACAGUUUCCAUAUGGCCACUGGACAUCUUCCCUGGUGUCACCCACAGACGGCUGGAAGUCGACAUGGUACAUCUUCUUGCAUUUCACGCAGGGUGGCUUUUCCUUGAAGGCUCCAUUGCUGUAGCAGAAUGCUCGGCACUGCACUUCAUCAGGGAAGACAAUGGCCAGGUCGUCCAGCCCGUGGUACACUGCAAACGCCACCGCCUUGUGCCACGUCCUUAGGCACAGGAUGCUAAUCAUGAUCUCCCUCUCUGCCUCCCCGCUGCAGGAGAGAGAUGCUCCGUAAAAGAGAGGGAAGCCUGCUUUGUUCUGAGGUUCUCUGUAAAAGCUGUAAGAGACAAUCGCGGCUCUGAAGAUGAAAUUGCUGGGCUUCAUGAUAUGUUCUUGUUGCUGCAUUGCUGUUUGCACAGCACUAUUAAAUUCACGCAAGAAAGA